AUGUCUAAUGAUUAUUCCCUGGCUUUUAUUGAAGAAAAUACAAUAUAUCAUGCAAUUAUUGAUGAUGACAUAACAUUGUUUGUAAUUUUCACAGGAAAAGAAGAAUUUGAUAAGAAUCAAACCCUAGAUAAUGAUUUAUACCCAUUUUCAACUAAUUCUUUACUUGAACUAUGUUGUUAUCAUGGAGCAGUAAAUUGUUUUAAGUUUUUAAUGACAGAAUUUAGAGAAGAGAUUACACAGAAGUGUCUUUACUAUUCCUUUUUGGGUAGAAAUUCAGAUAUUAUUCAUGAAUGUUUGAAAGUCAAGAAACCUGAUGAAAUAUGCAUGGAAUAUGCAAUUAUCUCACAUAAUAUUGAUUUUGUAAGUUUUUUGAUGAAUGAAUACCAUAUUGAAAUUGAUUUCACGAAAUGUGUGGAAUAUCAUAAUUUUCAAGCAUUUUUAGUUUAUUUGAACCAAAUCAAUGAUAUUGACCAAUGCUUUGUUAAAUCUGCAUGUUUCAACAUUCCUCGUCUUUGUGAAUAUUUCCUUCAAAACAGUGCUAAUGUUAAUGCAAAAGAUGCAAAUAAUUUUACAGCUCUUCAUCAUGCAGCAACAUUUGACAACAAAGAAAUUGCAGAAUUUCUCAUUUUGCAUGGUGUUGAUAUCAAUGCAAAAACCAAUAGAACAUUUACAGCUCUUCAUUUGGCAGCACAAUAUAAUAACAUUGAUGUAGCAAAAAUUCUUAUAAUGCAUGAUGCCGAUGUUAAUGCAACAGACACAAAUGAUUGGACAGCUCUUUAUCAUGCAAUAAGAAGGAAUAACAUAGAAACUGCCGAAGUUCUCCUUUCACAAUGUAAAGAUUUUAAUGCAAAAGCCAAUUAUGGACGUACGCUUCUUCAUUUUGCUGCAAUAAAUAAUAAUAUAAAAAUAAUAGAUUUUCUCAUUUCUCAUGGUGCGGAUAUUAAUGCAAACAGCGGUGAUGGUCAUACAGCUCUUCAUAUUGCAACAUUAAAUAAUUACAUAGAAACUGCAGAAUUUCUUGUUUCUCAUGGGGCAGAAGUUAAUUCAAAAGACAAAGAUGAUUGGUCUCCUCUUCAUUAUGCAGCAAGAUAUGAUAACAAGGAAAUUGCAAAAAUUCUCCUUUCCCAUGGUGCAAACAUUAAUGCAAAAGAUAUAGAUGGAUGGACAGCUCUUCACUAUGCAAUAGAAAAUAAUUGCAAAGAAACAAUAGAGAUCCUUCUUAGGAAUGGUGCAGAUUUUAAUAUCAAAAACAAUGAUGGGUAUACAGCUCUUAAUAUUGCAUCAGAAAAUAAUCAAACAGAAAUAAUAGAAUCUCUUAUUUCGUAUAGUGUAAAUAUAAAGGAUGGAGGUAAAUUGAUACAUGACAAAUAG